UCCAUCUUUCUGGAAUUCUUUGAGGUUCUACUCCUCUUUUUCUAUGGAGUUUCCAUAUUUUCCUUCUCAGAACUUGCUUCUCUUUUUGUUUUUGUUUUUCUGCUUUUGUUUUUUAUAUUCAAAUUGGUUUUAUCAGUUCUUCAGUCCUAUCCAUGUAGAUGAUUCUGAAGCCAUUCUCCAUGAGCAAUUAAGCUUUUCAGUCAAAAGUUUCUUUUUAGUUUUGCUCGCAUAUCUCUGUGCUCUAGAAUGAUAUGCUAUACUGCUCUUGAGCAAGUUGCAAAUCCACUUAUAUCUCUGAUUACUUUUCCUUUACUCCGUCUUUAUUUAACUGUUCUUGGGUUCUGUUUUGAGAAGCAUUUAUGCUGCGGGUUUAUCUUUUUGUGUAAUUGGGUGGAAAGAGAACAGUGCCCGUGAACUUGGACCACUUUCAGGAGAAACUACAUGUGAACAAACCUCAUGAAUCACCAUUCAGUUGGUUGUCUCCAAUUGGCACCAGCUUUUCUUAGCUAACGAUAGGAGGUUCUCCACCUACAUGCUUUCUUCAUCGCUGGCAUUUCUGUAAUAUGUAUAUGUUUCCUACUGUGAAUUAGUUAAUUCUUGAAGGUGCAUGCUUUAGUUGAAUUUGUCUUCCUCUUGUUUAUAUUCUGAAACAUCUCUUCCCUUGUUUUUUUUAUAGAAUUAGGGUUUCCAAUAUGGGUUGUGUUCUAUCUAGUCCUAGAGAUGCUAGUCCAUUAAGAGCCGGGAGUAUUGGGGAGGUAGCUGUUUUUGUACCUGGAUUCCGUAUCCCCAAAACUGUGGAUUUAACUCAGCAAUUAGGUGACUUUUUGUCGAAAAGUCUUCUGGAUCGCUUCUCAGCCCUAAGAACUAGAAUUGUCUCUAUGGCUUCUGUCGAGGCUAAGCAAUUCGCAAAGCCAAUGCGAAGAAGAACCACUACAAGACAUGGUUCUGCUUUAAGCGAACUUCUGCGUGCGGUUGAAGAUUACUUGCCUAUUCUUUUAGGCCUAGUGAAUGAUGGUAGCCAAUUGACAGAUAAGGUAAAGUUUAUAUGGAUUAACCUUGAGGAUGAAGCAGAGGUUAGUAUCGGAAUCAUUUGUCUUCCUAUUCUCAUGAAAAUAACAAACUCGCAUGAUUUUUUGCCUUUACACAAGUUGAGUCUCUUGAAUGCAAGGAAGGAAACUGCCAUUACAAAUGCUUGGUAUGAGGUGUUGUCUGUGCUACACUUGAUGGCUAUGUUGUCGUUGUUUCAAGCCAAUUUGUUACUUCUUCCUAAGAUGUCACAUGAGGGCUACCAACUCAAGAUACCUGAAGAGCGCAGAAAGACCUCAAUAGAUAUUUUGUUGAAAGCAGCAGGGUAUUUGGACAGUGCUAUUAGACAUGCUCUUCCUCGAAUACCUCCUGAAUACAGGAAGGAACUUCCAGUAGAUCUAGAAGAACGAGUUCUUCGAGCUCUAUGUUUACAGGCUUUGGGUCAGUGUGUUGAUAUUCAACUUGGAAUGGCAAUAGACAGUACCAAGGCAACACUUGCUGUGAAACGGCGAUUAGCAUGUGAAAUGAUGAGCUAUUGGCACCAGGCCCAUGGCAACAUAGGGAUGCUUUGUUUCGACAACGGUUGGGGUAAAAAGCACCAACUGUUUGUUAAGUGGAAAUAUGCUGAAGCAAAGGCUGCUGCAUACUACUACCAUGGACUGAUACUCGAUGAAGGCAACACAGAGAAAUCACAUGGAAUGGCUGCAGCUGCUUUGCAAACGGCAGAAGAAGUUCUGACUGAAAGCAAGAAGUCCUGUGAAGACUUCCAUGUUAUGCCUCCCACAUCAAGGAAUCCACCCCUUUGGGGAUCUAUGAAAUAUCUGUCUGAGAAGAUUCCCAAGGAUGCAUCUAACAAGAUAAGGAUCAACAGGGAUCUUUAUAGCGAAGAAAGGAAUCUCAAGUCAGCACCUUCGCUGCCGGAUUUUGCUUUAGCACUGGUGCCCGACGACUACCAACUCCCUCCAUUGGAUCCUUUGUGGAGCCAAGAAGAUUACCAUGAUCGGAAACUUGUAAAGGAAAAGCAUGAAGAUUGAUUCAGUGAGCACAGAAACGGAUGAUUUCGGCAUGCAAAAGGGUGAAAAUCUUCAGCAACCAUCAUACUGUAAAAUUAUGUGUGGCAAAAGAUUCAUUUCUUUGCCAAUCUCGUAACUAUCGCUUUCAAACACACUACCAGUACUCUAUCUUAUAUGGAGAAAUGAUAAGCAUAAAGAUUGAAAGAUUUCAAA